GAGAUUUCUAGUCUUCACAAAAAGUCUUGGGGAGCCCCUUCUAUAGUUGUAUCUCACUUUUGCUCCAAAAUCGAUCUCAAAGUUGGUUCAUUUUUCAUUAUUCCUCCUUGUUGCUAAAACUCACAAGUUGGACGAUACUCAGUCAUGGCGGCAAUCAAGGUCCACGGAAGCCCACUCUCGACCGCCACGCAAAGAGCUCUGGCCACCCUUUACGAGAAAGACUUAGACUUCGAGUUCGUCACUGUCGACCUCUCAACCGGCGCUCACAAACAGGAACCUUACAUUUCCAAGAACCCAUUUGGUCAGGUUCCAGCUGUUGAGAUUGGAGAUUUGAAGCUCUUUGAAUCAAGGGCAAUCACGAAGUUCAUAGCCGAAGAAUAUGCAGACAAGGGAACACAACUAGUUCACUCCGAGAAAGAGAAGAAGGCCGCUUUGUAUGUUUGGCUGGAAGUGGAGGCUCAUCAGUUCGAGCCAGUGGCUUCAAAACUGGUGUGGGAGUUGGUCUUCAAGCCGUUGUUCAAAAUUCCUACCGACCCGGCCGCGGUGGAGGAGAACGAGGCGAAGCUCGGAAAGGUUCUUGAUGUGUACGAGAACAGGCUGUCCAAGGCCAAAUACUUGGCCGGUGACUCCUUCACCUUGGCUGAUUUGCACCACCUUCCCAAUACAACACUCUUGUUGGGCACAAGUUCCAAGGUGGUCUUCGAGAGCCGUCCACAUGUCCAGGCCUGGGCGGCCGAUAUCACGGCCAGGCCGGCUUGGUCCAAGGUCCUUGCCCUGAGAGGCUGAGAAUGUGCUGCAUUGUGCUAGUAUUGUAGGGACCUAUGGUGUUUGGUUGAUUCUCAAUAAGCCUGUUUUCAAACGGGCAGUGUUGUUUGAGUUUGUCAUGAUCCAUCUCUUAUCAGUGAUUUGGUUAUUGAUAUGCUUUUGAUUGGUCGUGUUGUGUUAUUGUCGCCAGUUUGGGUGUUCCAUGAUUGUCCCUAUUUCUAUCUAUGAAUCGGAACUUUCUUUC